AUGCAUAAACUCCUUAUCGAUCAUCUAAACCUUCAAAUCGAACAUGAACAAGAGGAGUUCCAAGAGGCCCAGGCUGCACCAAUAUUUACUGUACCUGUGUUUGAACACAUUGAAAAAGAACUUACUGAUAGUUCUGAAUCUCGUUUCCCACAAUAUGGACUACUUGGUGGUCUAUCUGAGAAAUUGAGUGAGAAAACAACUGUUUCUAAUAACGGUCAAGACCCUCGCAUAUUCUUCAAUAUCGCAUCCCCAUCAAGCACUUUUGUCUGCGGGUCUCAAGGCUCAGGCAAAAGUCAUACAUUAUCCUGCUUACUCGAGAAUUGCUUAUUCUCCUCCAAAGCUAGCAAGCUCGUGAAUCCCCUUACUGGUCUUGUUUUCCAUUACGAUACAUUCAUAUCUGACGCAGGAGGGUCGCCUUGCGAAGCAGCUUUCCUCUCAUCAAACCCCGACAUUACAGUACGGGUGUUGUGCUCACCUGCAAACAUACGCAUUAUCCAACGAGUGUAUCAUGGCCUGAACGUUCAGAUUGAACCGUUGUGUAUCAAUGAAAGUGAUCUCAAUACAAAGCGCAUGCUAGACCUUAUGGCGGUGAGCCAAGAUGAUGGACCGAUGCCAUUAUAUUUGCAUAUAGUGAAUCGAAUCCUGCGAGAUAUGCGCAUCGAGCAGCAGGAGGCCAAUACUACAUUCGAUUAUCAAAGCUUUAAGCUGCGGCUUAUGGAUACCGGUAUGACUCCUGCCCAGUUGGGACCGCUCAGUCAGCGGCUUGAUACACUAGAGAGCUUUAUGCCUAAAGCACAGACGGGUGCCGAGCAAUCGUACAUGAGAAGAGGUGGGUUUCGGGGAAAGGGCAAGGAAAGGGGGAAGGCUGCAGGCAAGACUGGGAACGAUUGGACUCCCGAGCCUGGCCGCCUUACCAUUGUGGACCUCUCAUGUCCUUGUAUUACGUCGGAAGGGGCUUGCUCCUUAUUCAAUAUCUGUUUGAGCAUCUUUCUCGAACAAAAUUUAGAUGUAGGUCGAGUUAUCGCGCUAGAUGAGGCCCAUAAAUAUAUGAACACCUCAGCUGAAGCAUCAACUCUGACGAAUACCCUCCUCUCUACUGUUCGACUACAACGGCACCUUGGCGCUCGUGUUAUUAUCUCUACGCAGGAACCAACAAUUUCUCCUUCGCUUUUGGAUCUAUCUUCAAUUGUUAUUGUGCAUCGAUUCACUUCACCGGAAUGGUUGAACAGCUUGAAACGCCACCUUGCAGGUGCUACUUCUAAUUUGCUUGAUGGUGAAAAUGCAGAUUCAGAUGGUCUUGCGAGUUCAAGAGGGAACGGGGAUGGUGCGAAAAGAUUGUUUGCCGAAAUUGUAAAGCUAAGGGUUGGCGAAGCGUUGUUGUUUUCCCCUAGUGCUAUGAUAGACGUUGAAGUAGGUAGUAACGGUAAAGUGGCAAUGAAGAGGCUUGGUGAUGGUUUCUUGAAGAUUCGAGUUAGGAUAAGAUUGACUGCUGAUGGAGGCAAGAGUAUUGUGGCAACUUAG